UCACAUGUUUGCGUUUCGUACAGGUAGGUCUUCAUCGCCGAUUUAGCUUGAUUUAUUUUUCAUGCAGAUGGGUAUACCCCGCAUACAAGAUUUCCCCUCCACUUCUGCAAAUUUGAAGGCCUGGGGACUGAGACGCGGCCAACGCUCCUUUCACAAUAACUAUGAUUCCAUGUACAACGCACAACCUUGAAAAGGAGCAUUAACAUCACCGGCGCCCGCUGUCCUGGUCUGGUCAAAGUUACAUGUGCAGUGCUUCCCAUUUUGUGAAUGUUUUCCCGUUCGUAAUAUCAUGAGUGGUCUAUGCCUCUGCUGGUCGUUCAUUUUCUUUUCGCCUACGCAUGGUCGCUCUUUCUCGCAUCAAAGAUACAAAGAUAGAACCUUUCCUGAUGGCAGAAUUAUUCUCAAGAAUGGGCGGAACAAGGUCGUAGUAAGUAGGGUACUAUAUUGUCAAAUUCCACCGAACCAUCACACGGGAGCAUCUUCAUCUCCCGAAUUUCUCCUUCCGAUGUACCAUUUAGCUCGGAAUCAGCUAGAAUCGGCUACACCGAAAAGGCUCAUACCGAAAAGGCUCAUGUUUGCUACUCCGAAAGACACGGUUUCAUCCAUGGUUCUCUUUGACAUAUCAUAGAUCUCGACACAACUAAAUCUGAUACUGCCCG